AUGAAGUUGGUCCUUGCAGCAGUUCUUGGAGCUGCCUCCGCCAGCAAGCUGAGGCUUGGCACGGAACGUACAGCGGAGAUUGAAGGUGUGAGCCUGGAGACUGCAUAUGCAGCCUUCUUGGAGCGUCAUGGCGUGCAGCGGCUGGGCGACACCGUCUCGAGAUCGGAGCGGAUGGCAGCAUUUGCCCGAAGCCACGCGAAGGUGACGGAGCACAACAGGAAAUCCGAUCGCACGUGGACUGCUGGCCUCAACCGCUUCUCCGACCAGACGCACGAAGAGUUUGGCCGAGUACUUGGUUACCGCAGAAUGGGCACGUGGUGGAAUAGCACGACUGCCGCGUCGUUUAUCCAGACUGAUUCCGUGCAGUACGCAGAAUCCUUGGACUGGGCCUCGCAGACUCAGUCGGGCAAGUACUUCAUCGAUCAAAGGGCCUGCGGAUCCUGUUGGGCCGUCGCUGCUACUGGAGCUUUGGAGAUGAGGGCUGAGAUCGCUCACAAGAAAGCCCCGAGCAUGCUAUCCUACAAAGAGUUGGUGGACUGUGUCGAGAAUCCCCAGCACUGCGGUGGAGAUGGUGGCUGCGGUGGGGCCACAGGGGAGCUGGCUUUCCAGUACAUCUCGCAGCAUGGUCUCUCGGCAAGUGAAUCAUACACCGGUGACCGGGAAGCGACCGAGCGCUGCAAGACAGGCUCUCGAUCAGCAGUGAUCAAAGCCAACAGUUUCGUGAAGCUUCCGGUGAACAAGCUAAACCCGCUCAUGAUGGCGAUUCAGCACGGACCAGUCGUCGUGUCCGUGGAUGGUGGACCUUGGGGAAGCUAUGAGUCCGGAGUGUUCAACGGCUGUCGCAGGGAUGCCACCGUCAACCAUGCAGUCCUGCUGGUUGGGUACGGCCAUGAUGCAACAGUCAACAUGGACUACUGGUUGGUCCGCAACUCAUGGGGGGAGUGGUGGGGCGAGAAUGGCUUCAUCAGGGUCCUGCGACAUUCGUCCGACGAGGGAGAUGCUGGAUACUGUGGGACGGACUAUGACCCGAAGCAAGGAGUCGGAUGUGACGGAGGACCAACUACCUUGCCGGUUUGCGGCAUGUGUGGAAUCUUAUCCGAUUCAGUAUACCCUGAUGGCGUGAACUCCUUCUGA